AUGAGUCGAGUAGCUUCAAGCUUGAAUGAGCAUGUGAGCGGAGUUGAGGAUCUUGUAUCCUUGAAUGAACCAACAGCCGAUCUUCGAAAGCUUGGGGAUCGAGUCCAGCGAGUGACAGGAGUCGACGAGGACUUCCUAAAAGUUGAGAAGGGUGAGGAGGGCGAGGAGGAUAGCGAACGUGGUGAUAGCUUUGUUAAAGGUUGA